CGCGUGCGGGCACAGAGCCGCACGCUGCUCCGCGCCGCGACGGAUAACGACUGCGCGCGAAGCGUCCACGCGGACUUCUGCAUGUGAUGCUGCGGAGAACUUCCGCGCGGAGAGAAGCGCUUUUGGGGCGAAACUCCGCGUGCGCGCAGGAUUCAGUAAACCCGAGUUAACGCGGAUUACACACCUGGACUCGCGCUCAGAGCCGUGGGAAGAUGCUGUCCAGGCUCAUCAUCUUCCAUUCCCUCCUCACUUGUGCUUGUUUACGGGACAGUGAGGGUCCUGAGUCUUGGUUCGGAGGAGCCUGUGAUGGUUUGUGCUCCUGUGAGGAGAAGGAUGGAGUUUUACAUGUGAACUGUGAGGACAGGAACAUUAAAAAGAUCUCAGAGGUCCAGGUAGGGUGGGACAGGCCAUUUCACCUCAACCUGUACAAAAACGACUUGGUGGAGUUGCUUCCGGAAGACAUGGAGCGCUUCGAGAAUGCCGUCACAUUGCACCUGGGUGCCAACAGCAUCCAGGAGCUGGAGCCAGGGGUGUUCGGCGCAUUGGGAUCCCUGAAGAAGCUGCACAUCAACAGCAAUUUCCUGGUGAUGCUGAAGGAGGACACGUUCCAUGGCCUGGUGAACCUGGAGUACCUCCAGGCCGACACGAACUUCAUCCGUGUGGUGGAGCCCGGGGCCUUCAGCAAGCUGGUGCGCCUCAAGGUCCUGAUCCUCAACGACAACGCCGUCGAGUUCCUCCCCGCCAACAUCUUCCGCUUCGUGCCGCUGACCCACUUGGACCUGCGCGGGAACCGGCUGCAGACGCUGCCGUACGUGGGCUUUCUGGAGCACGUGGGCCGCAUCAUCGAGCUCCUGCUGGAGGACAACAGCUGGGUGUGCGACUGCCAGAUCGUACACCUGAAGAUCUGGAUGGAAAACAUGCGCGCGCAAGCAUCCAUUGGGGACGUGGUGUGUAGCAGCCCCCAUCACCUCAGGGGGAGCAUGCUCGCCAAGGUGAAGAGGGACGUCCUGUGUCCUUCACACACCCAGAUCAGCCUGGAGGAGCCCUCGCAGUCUCUGGACAUGGCGGUCACGCCCUCCACGAGGGUGCUCCAAGUGCCGGACACCGGGGAUGACGCCAAGAUCCCCACACCCGCCCACGCCCCAAGGACAUUGUGCGUCGCGCAGUGCUCCUGCUUCCGCCAUCCCAUCGCGGGGUUCCUCGUCCACUGUGAAGACAGCGGGAUUCAGAGGAUAUCGGACCUGGGGAUCCUGCAGCAGAGUCCCAGCAAGCUUGUCCUGACUGGCAACAUGAUUCAGAGACUCCUGAAAUACGACUUUGUCACUUAUGACAGUUUGGAGUUGUUGAAUCUGGCAAACAACCAAAUCGACUACGUAGACAACGAAACCUUCCUGAGUUUGAGCCACCUGAAAAAGCUUUACCUCAAUGGAAACCGAUUAGGGAAGAUCUCUGCAACCAUGUUUCUGGGCCUGCACAACCUGGAGAGCUUGUAUCUGGAAUUCAAUGUUAUCAAGGAGAUAGAGGCUGGAUCUUUCAACCCCUUGACCAAACUGAAGCUCCUGUUCCUGAACAACAACUUACUCAGUGCUCUGCCGGCGCAGAUAUUCAGGAACGUGCCCCUGACCAAGCUGAACCUGAGGACGAAUUUGUUCACGCACCUGCCGGUAAGCAACGUGCUGGAUCAGCUUGACUUCCUAGAGCAGAUUCACCUGGAAGACAAUCCGUGGGACUGCACCUGUGACCUGGUCAGCCUGAAGCAGUGGCUUGAGAGACUGAAGAAAGAUAUGGCGACAGGACCCAUCUUGUGUCACAGCCCCAGGAAGGUAUCCAGCGGCGAGAUCAGGAGUCUGAAGACCGACGUUCUCUGCCCCGGCCUGGUGACCCACUCCUCGUCGUCAGCCGAGUUCGGGCUCCAGCCCACGGCGGCGCCAAAGUUGGGCACUGGCGGCUUUUUCCACUCACUCACCGAGGCUAUUCCCCUCUCUGUCCUCAUCCUCUGCCUGCUCAUCCUCUUCCUCACCGUCAUCUUCUGCUCCGCCGGGGUGGCGGUCUUUGUGCUGCACCGGCGGCGCCGGGAAUCCAAGUCGAAGCAGACGGAGGAGCAGCCUCGCGAGAGCAGCCCCAUCCACCUCCACUAUAGCAUGUAUGGUCGGAAAACCACCCACCACAUGGCGGAGCGGCACGGUGGCAGCAUGUACGACCCGGUGCCCCGAAGCCCCGUCGUCCAGGUGUGCCGGAACCCCAGCUACUGCUCACGGCACAAGGAGCGUGACCCGGAGGACCACGAGGCCGAGAAACCGUGCCGCGGCCGCGCCGGCCUGACCGACGGGGGCAGGGGGUCGCCCCCGACACCUAACGAGCGCCCCGGCGAGUUCGUCCCGCUGGCUGACCCCGGGUCCCUGUACAGAAGCCUCCUGGAGCGAGAGCGAGAGCUGCAGCAGCUUGGAAUCACGGAAUACCUCAAGAGGAACAUCCCCCAGCUCCCACCGGCCACCGACGGGAUGGUUCCCGGCCAACACGAGGAGCUGAAACUGAUGGAGGCGCUGGUGUACGCCAGGCCGAGGAAGGUCGCGGUGGAGCAGACUACCGACGAGUACUUCGAACUGAAGGCCAAACUCCACACGGAGCCGGACUACCUAGAGGUGUUGGAGCACCAGACGGCAUUCACCUGAGCCGCGUCCACGGCCGCAACCGCGCGGGUGCGAAGACCACGCCUAAAGUGCCUUUAUUGUUCCAUGUUGUAGCUGUCGUUGUGAACUGUUAGAUUACCGAGCAGACUUAACCCUCCUGUUUCAACCCCGCGGUGGACAGAGGACACCGAGGCCUAACGUAAUUCAGCCAGAGAGUGGGAAGUCAGGGUCAUCAUGUCCAUUGGUUCUGUUCAUUACUGAACAUUUGCCAUUAAUCUCAUGUGCCAUGGAAAAAAUCCAAACCACCCCCCCAGUGCUUUUUAAAUCUAUCCUCGUGACAGAUCCGAGAAGCACUCGUUCCGUUUUACCUCUAGCCCGCGGAGACUGAGGCCACAGUAACGCUCCCUGUCCGUAACGCUGUUCCUCUCUCUGGGUCUUUAGUCCCAGCGAUUGCUGCAAGUCAUCAUUUAAAGAAAAGAAUUGCACUACUCGGCACGCCAUUUCAGAGACGGCACGCGACAAUCGGGGUUACUACGAGUAAGGGGCGUCCUGCGCGGGGAUCGCGCGUCGUGCGCGGUAUCGGACGAGUCUGGCUACUGGCUUGUACCGGGCAGUUGAAUUUCUUUGAGGAUUGUAAAUUAUAAAACAGAAUUUCUCUCAGCAUGAUAGCUAUUCAGGAUGCCAGUCGAAAAAAGAGCCAAAACAAAAGGAAGGAAAGAGAAUUGAAACGUUUUACUGUAUGUACAAGCACCAAAGCUUUAUUUUCUAUCAGCGCAAAUGAAAUGUAUUUAUUCUGUAUAUAUUUGUAGAUAAUUUAACAUUUAUAUGUUUGUGUGCCUUUUAAUGUGGUCAUGAUUAAUCUCUGGUGAGGUGUAAAUACGUUUUAUAUUAAGUCUGUGUUACACCAGACAAAUGCACAUCAUAUACUGUAUGGUAAGAAA